CCACCAGACAGUGAGCAGUUACUGGAGAGGAGACCAGUGGAGACCAACGAUGAAGAGGAGGAGAUAUCAACCAUCACUUGUAAGGACAUUGAGACAGGAGGUAACACUGCAAAGAGUAAACCUGAUGUUGCUACACCUGAGCAGUCUCUUAUAUCAGAUUUUCAAAUCGUCACGAAUUUACAGGGUCAGCUACCUCCUCGUCUUCCCCCGAGGCCACGCCUACCUCCGUUAUCUCGGGAAGAAUGGGAGAGCUAUAGAGAGAUUGAUGGACGGGUCUCUAAAGAAAAUGAAGAGAAGUUUCGUGCAAGAGUAUUUGCUGGAAGUAUUGAUCAUUCAAUAAGACGUGAGGUAUGGAAGUAUUUGUUGGGAUAUUUCAGAUUCGAUGCAACCGAUAUUGAGAGGAUGGAGGAACAGAAGGCAAAGGAAAGAGAAUAUGAAGUAAUGAAGAAGCAAUGGGAGUCGUUCCUUCCUCAGCAGGAAGCUAACUUUGCUCGCUGGAGAGAACUUAGAAAUCUCGUUGAGAAAGAUGUUAUCCGUACUGAUCGUGAUGUGGAGUUGUUUCACAGUGUCAGUAGUCCACAGUUGAAGCAGCUGCAGAAUAUUUUGAAAACUUAUAUAAUGUACAACAUGGACCUUGGUUAUGUACAAGGAAUGAGUGACCUCCUCUCAGUGAUAUUAGCCAUUAUGGAGAAUGAGGUUGAUUCCUUUUGGUGUUUCGUUGGACUGAUGGACAUGAUACACGACCGAUUUGAGAUCACACAAGAAUUUAUGAGAUUGCGUAUCAAGCAACUAAGAACAUUGCUUAAGGUAUCUGAUCCUGAAUUCUACAAGUACUUGGGAGAAAAAGACUCCAACAACCUGUAUCUCUCAUUUCGAUGGCUUCUCGUUGAUUUUAAGAGAGAAUUUCAGUUCUCAGACCUCAUGAUUCUGUGGGAGGUUUUUUGGACGCUUCACUUGUCACCUGAUUAUCCAUUGUUCUUUGCACUUGCUAUCAUUGAGAAAGAAAGGAAUAACAUGAUGGAUCCUAAAUUUGACUUCAGUGACAUUAUUGCUCAUAUAAACGGUCUGUCAAAGAAUCUUCAAUUAGAAGAGUUAUUAGAGAAAGCUGAGAGUAUUUGUCGUCAAGUAGGAGCUGUAGAUCAUUUGCCUGAAGAGUUGCAGCCUUUGGUCAGGCAGCCACUUCCUCCUCCUUUCACUUUUCCUUCAGCUAAAUGAACACUUGAUUAUUGUUUUUAAUCCUUUUCUGUUCCAAAUAUAUAUAUUUAUUAUGAUAAGGUCAAACAGAGAGAGUGAC